CGCGCUGGAUUCUGGACGACUUCUGGACGGCUCAAGAACCGCUACCAAACUCACCUCGACGUUAAAUACUCGGCAUUUAUCAACGGACAGGAGCGUACUCUCGACCCCCCGGGAAUUUUCGUACCGGGACCUAUCAUCUCUCUUCUUUUUUUUUCUCGUCAUGUGGAUUCUUUUCGAAUAUUUCGUCACACCAUCGGAUGUACGCUAAAGCUAUUUAAACACCAGGCAAGAUGUCAGAUGGGUUGGCUUCUCCAACGCCGGGGUGGUCACCUGACGAUCCACGAUCUCAGCAUGGUGGAUAUGCGAAUCAUGAGUUUGGACGAACUUCAAGUCGUACGGAAGAAGCGGUAUCGAACGAUUGGCGGCACGUUUCGGCUUCAGCCAUUUCACGAUUUUUAUUUAUUCCGGUAUUGUCGGGUGGCGCCGUCCACGCCGGAACCCCCUGUUUGGGAGAGUUUCUUUUCGGUAUAGGCGUGUUCAAGUCCUUGUUGAGCAGUAGUUGCGCAAAGUGUGGUCUUUUCGUCGCGAUCGUUCAGUUUCCUUUGUUGAUGCUUGUUCUCAUUUCCCCUACACUCAUUACUCUUCAAUCAGACACACUUCAACUGCUCCCUGUUCACUACGUAUCUUCAUGA